AAAAAAGCUAAAGUCUCAAAUUUCCCCACUUCCUCUUUCGCCCCAGAACAUUCCCCUCCUCUUAUCAUUCACACCACUUCUCUGGAUGAAAAACUAAAACAAGCGUAAAGUUCACUGGCAAUGGAGGGAACUGAGUCAACCACUAGAGAGAGAACAACAGGAAGGGAUGGGAGUCAGGCGCCCAAUGACACGCUGCUGAUGUCCAGCAAACCUCUGCAUCGCUUCAUCCAAAAAGAGCCCAGAAGUCUUGGGAUUGUCAUUCUGAUCUUUGGCUGUGCAGAGCUUCUGAUGGGAUUUCAGCUGUCCAAAGAAAACGAGCCCACUUCUUUUGCAAUCUACAUUCCCUUCUGGCAGGGAGUUCUGUUUCUCGUCUGUGGAAACCUGUCUAUCUACACUGAGCUACAUCCGUCCAAGAAGAUGGUGACUGUGUGUUUGGCUAUGUAUGUGGUUUCUCUUUUGGGAAUUGUGGUCUCAAUUGGCUACAGGAUACACCUGUUCAGCGGAUAUCGCUACCUUCAGUACAGAGCAGAAUACCAAUUGGAGGACAUUUGGGCCGUUUACAGAGCGGACCAGCUUUUUGGUAUUGAAGGCCUAUUGUUCACUUCCUCUCUGUGUGUGUCUGUGCUUCUCAUCUUCUUGUGUGCCGUUGCACGUUUGGCUCUGAAAUCCACACACACUCAGAUUAUUGUCCAGCACAUCCCGGCACCACUGAGUGACACAACAUCAUACUAAUCUCAACCUUUUUAAGUGUUAUUCUACAAUAACUUACAGUGGUUUUCCUGCAGCAAACUGACAGUGUGAAAGAUACAUCAUUCUGUACAGUAUAUCACAUGUGGUUGUUACACCACCUAGAGGGAGUAGCGCUAUAAAGCCCAGCCACAGAGUUUUUUAGUUACCUACAUUUACACUUCAUUCUAAAGUAGCCUAUGUGUAAAUGCAGUAAGAAAUGCAUUACUGAACCACAUUUAUUUGCUUUUACAUAAUAUCGCAGAUCAGAGUUGAGAAAUGUAUACCAAUGCACGAUUAUAAGCACUGCUAAAACAAUGUUUAUCACACUAAUUGAGUGCCAAAUAGGUAGUUAGCGAAUAAGUACAAGAAGACUGUCGGCAACUAUGCCUGUGUUAUAAAUGUUACUUUUCUAUGCACUGUGAAUCUACCAUACACACCGCUGAUUUUAGCUUCAAGCUAUAUGUGAUUCAGUAAAUGUAAUGUAUUGUCUUUAUUAAAUAAAUAAUAAAAUUAUUGAAUUAAA